AUGGCUAGAGUGAAAGUUGGAAGCCUGGACCCCCAGGCUCCUGCAGGACAAGAGUUAACCAUUGAUGCUGACAAAAUCAUGUGGCAUACAAGCUUUAAUCAGGUGAUGCCCACUUCCAUGUGCAAUGACUACUGCUAUCCAGGCUACAGCAGGAGAAAGAAGGAACAAGAGAAAUUUUGCUGCUAUGACUGUGCUCCAUGUCCAGAAGGCAUGAUCUCUCACCUGAAGGAUAUGGAUGCUUGCAUCAAAUGCCUAGACGAUCAAUACCCCAACAAGGAACAAACACAAUGUGUUCCCAAGAUUCUAAGCUACCUUUCCUACCAAGAAGCUCUAGGUAUCAUUCUGACUAGCUUGGCUAUAAUGUUCUCUUUCAUCACAGUUUUGGUACUUUGCACUUUUCUCGAGCAGAAGGACACCCCCAUAGUCAAAGCCAACAACCGAAGCAUCACCUACAUCCUCCUCACCUCUCUCCUUCUUUGCUUCCUCUGCACUUUGCUCUUCAUUGGACAGCCUGGAAAGGUGACCUGCCUCCUGCGACAAAUACUUUUUGGCUUCAUCUUCUCUGUGGCCCUUUCCAGCAUCUUGGCAAAAACCAUCACUGUGCUUCUGGCCUUCAUGGCCACCAAGCCAGGCUCCAGGAUGAGAAAAGGACUAGCCAAUUCAAUUGCCCUUACUGGUUCCUUCAUUCAAGCAGCCAUUUGUGCACUUUGGCUAGGCACGAAGCCUCCAUUUCCAGACAUGGACAAGCAUUCACUGGAUGACAAAAUCAUUCUGGAAUGCAAUGAGGGCUCCACUCCCAUGUUUUAUUGUGUCUUGGGCUAUUUGGGAUCCCUGGCUAUAGUCAGCUUCACUGUGGCUUUCCUAGCCAGGAAGUUGCCUGACACAUUCAAUGAGGCCAAGUUCAUCACCUUCAGCAUGCUGGUUACUCAGUGCAGCACCAACACUGUCUGGAGGGACAGGGAAGAGAAUUGGUAUGCACAUUGGUGUCCACAGUGA